GGUUGUCCGAUAUCAGUUUGGUGGUUUGUAGAAUAUUUGGUUAACUAGAAAGGGAGCAGCUGGCAGUGAAAGAAAGCUUGUACUUGCAUAUAAGUCUACUUGAAAGCUUUCUAAACGCCAAAUAACCGACGACGUGAACCAAAAGGCCAGAAGAGGAACUCUGAAAACUGUUGUAAAUUCGAAAGUCACGUCGGAACAAAAAGAACGACGAGUCAGGCUGUGAAUCCGGUGGCAUUCUUCAUUCAACACCGUCGAAAGUGAGGAUUGUUUUUCCACAAAGCUGGUUGUGUUUCAGUGAAAGGUGUAAGCUUUGGAUUCCCGAGUUACUUCAAAGCCGUACUGAAAAAACGAAGUCAGAUGUGUCUUCUGAUAUUUCAUGGACUCUAUGUGACGGUGUGAGGAUGGGACAGGUUGGUGUCAGAAGUGACUGCAGCCCUGGAGGCUGAUGAACCUGCUCCAUUGGCCAGUCAGGAUGCACAUAGCGUCAGUGGGUGUCAGCAAGUUCUGCUUCCUGUUUUCCCUUGCAUUCUGCAGCCUCCUGCUUCUGCUCAUUCCUGCCCUACAGCCCCCAGCACGCCAGGUGGACCUGCCUCAGCCCCGACCCCAAGUCAGAGCUCCACAGGCAGGCCCGUCACACCAUGCCGGGGCUCCGACAGUCGCCGUCCAUGCAGGAGAGACGGACUCCUCCACAGGGCUCAACAGGAGCUCAGCAGGGCAGAGGGGAUCCAUAGAGACCGAAGGUACCAGGAAUGAUAACCAUAGUCCCAAGAGGGGCGCAGACUCCAAAAGAGAGUCUGUCCCUGGAGGAAAGGGUGCUGGACUUUUAGGGUCUAGGUCUUGGGACCUGUUAGAGUUUAAGGACAUUUUUAUUGCAGUGAAGACCACCAGGAAGUACCACAAGUCUAGACUGGAGCUUCUGAUUCAGACCUGGGUUUCCCAAGCUAAGGAACAGACCUACAUAUUCACUGAUGGUGAGGACAAGGAGCUGCGGAUGAGAACAGGAGCUAACAUCAUCAACACUAACUGCUCAGCAGCUCACACUCGACAGGCCCUGUGCUGCAAGAUGUCUGUGGAGUACGACAAAUUCAUCGAGUCUCAGAAAAAGUGGUUCUGCCAUGUGGAUGAUGAUAACUAUGUGAUCCUGCCCAGCCUGCUACGGCUGCUCUCCUCCUACCACCAUAGCCAAGAUGUCUACCUGGGACGGCCCAGUCUCGACCAUCCUAUAGAGGCAGCAGAGAGGGUCAAGAGUGAUGGAUCGGUGUCUGUCAAGUUCUGGUUUGCCACAGGUGGAGCAGGUUUCUGUAUCAGCAGAGGUCUUGCACUGAAAAUGAGCCCAUGGGCCAGUUUGGGGAAUUUCAUCAGCACGGCAGAGAAGAUCAGACUACCGGACGACUGCACCAUCGGCUACAUCAUCGAAGCGCUGCUGGAGGUGACCCUAACACACACACACCUCUUCCAUUCUCAUCUGGAAAACCUACAGAAGCUGCCCACUGACACUGUGCUGGAGCAGGUGACUCUUAGCUACGGAGGCUUUGAGAACAGAAGAAAUGUGGUCAGUAUUGUUGGAGGCUUUUCAUUGGCUGAGGACCCUACAAGGUUUAAGACAGUCCACUGCCUUCUGUAUGCAGAUACUGACUGGUGUCCAAAGCUCAAACCUCACCACAAAAAAGUUUUUACCCUGCAGCACUGAUACCUGCUAAACCUUCUACCGCUGCCUCACCCUGCCAUGUCUGGAUUAAGCUAUGUUUGACUGGAAAUACUUCACACAUGUCAUUUGAUGGAUACCUUUAUCCAAAGCAGCCUCAUCCUGUGCUUAAUGGAUGCAUUGAACAAGCUAUGGAUAUUUUUCACAUCUCUCAGAGGUAGAGCUAUUCAACAGGCCAAACUCUUCAGGUCGGUCAUGGGUGGAGCCAAAGAAGGACUUUUUCUUUCUAAAUUAGCAUGAAAGUGAAGUCACUAGCGGCUCCACUGUGAAUUAUCUUUUGAGGGUUGUCUAUUAACACUCACCUCAAUGUUCCUCAACAGAGAAACAGCCUCUCGUGAUAACUUAAACAACAUUAGUUAGCAUUGUAGCUAUGGUCCACCAUAGUAUGAAAUUCCAAAAUGCCUUUGUGUUUCCACAGACAAAGACUUGACUAGAAUCCAGUUUUGAAACAAACAAGGACUGUGGAUGCUGUCUGCUCUUUCUUAUAGUGCAGACUUUGACAGUAGAGGACUUCCUACUUCCUGCCUUUAUGGUUGAUUUAGUGAAGGAACGAUUAGCCUGAUUCUUUGGCUUCAUCCACUGUGGUUUAACUUUACCAGUAGCUGCUGGUCUAGCUCACUGGCCAAGGCUACGUAAGUAAUAAUUCAAAAAUCUGAACAUGCCGUGUGGUUAUGAAUGACUAGGAAAGAAGUGGCCACAUUUAGAGUUCCUGCUUCGACAGUCAUGUUUUCCAGACAGCCAACCUUUACUUUAAACUUUUUCACUAAAUCUAGUGGCUCUUUGGCUCAACCAAUGACAGCAUCUGUCUAUGAAAGAUAACGUCUACUCUGGAUAUCAGUGCCACGCUCCUUCCACUGAGUGGAGAAGCUCCUCAGGCAAAUGACAGUGUUUGAUUUGAAGGACACUGCAGUAUUAUCAUUGCUUGGAGUGCUCUGCUCUGGGUGUCAGGGAGUGUUUAAUCAAAGACCUGAAUGUCCUUGUCACUCACAGACCACUGACUUUUAUUGUUUGACAUUUAAUUUCUCCACAUUGUUCUUUGACUGUUGGCAUGUUACCCCAAGGUUAACAUAAAAGUCAGAUAGUUUCCUUAGAAUUAAAGAUUGUUUGAGGUACUUUGAAAGAGUCUGACUAUGAUGUAUUGAGAUUAUUGUAUGUUUUUUUGAUCUCAAACAUGAACUGAACUGUUUUGUAUGACCAGGUAUGAAAUUAUGUUUGAGCAUUUGAAAGAAAACCUCUGUGGCAGGUGUGUGUGCUGCAUGGGCACACAUUUAUUUCAGUCUGUUGCAACUGUUCUACUGCCUUCACAUUUUCAGCUGAAUGCCUUCUCCUUGUAUCAGCCUCUUUCUAACAGGCCCAUCUUUAGAGUUUUGCACUACCUUGAUCUUGUUACUUCCUGUAUGUAACUGACUAGAGUUCCAUGUUACAUUGUUGGUGUAAAUAUGACUGAACCUUGCUACAUAUUCUUACUUUGCAUAGGUUGUAGUUUGAGCUCUGCAUACCCGUCUUUGAGGCAGAGCUACUCUGGAGGCAAAGAUAAUUAGUCUGUUGGAGUCAGAUUUCAACAGAGCCAAAGCUAUCUCAACAACAUUGCCUUAAAAUCUGAUAUGGAUUUUCAUGGUCCCCAGAGGAUGGUCGCUGAAGGCCUAAUUUAAGUGACCCCUGACCUCUUCUUGGGUUUGCCAUUAGGUCAAAAUUUCAUGUUGACCAACACUGUGAUCCAUGAUAAGAUAUCACACUGCAAAAAUGCCAAAUUUAAAUGUGAGUGCCAGUGCGGCAAGUGGUUUUCACUUGACGCAAGACAAAGCCCAUGACCUUUGGGUUAGGACGCCUGUGUGUUAACCACUUAGCCACCAUGGCAGCUGACAGCUAGUGUGGUGCUCCAGCCAUAGCAUAUGCUGAAAUAUCUAAUCAGCCAUUGGUUGUUUGCCAUGAAAUUUGGCUCAGACAUUCAUGUUCCCCUCAGGAUAAAUUGUAAUAAAUGUAGUGAUCCUCUGAUGCCUUAGCUAGCUUCAUUAAUCUGGCAUGCUAACAAGCCAAACUGAUACGCUGAACAAGAAGUCCACUCUCGGAGUAGAUGCUUCGUCAUGUCUCUCUAACUAUGAAACACUACAUCAGAUCCAGUUAUUUUAAGAUGCUUUCUCUAGAAAUGAAGUAAAGAAAUGCCUUACUAGCCACAGCUCUACUGCCAUCAUAUAAUGGUUCUUGCAGACAUUUUCUUAAAUAUUAAGACCGCAGUACAUUCUACAGACUUCACAUUUGCUGACUCUGAUAAACUGGUUCUUUGGUUCCACCCACUCAGCCUCCACCAACCAGUGCCAGUGUUUCUGACUGUAUAUAGUAUUUGUGUAAAACACUCAUCUAUAUUUUUGCACACAACACUAGGAUCCAAACCCCAGAGCAUGUGUCCCACUGCAGGUCGGUGGGUGAGACUGAGUGACAAAUGUGUUUUUGUAAACCCUUUACCACUGAUGUAUUAUUGUGUUGAUUCAUUGAGAAUAAAA